CAUAAAAAAAAGCCCCAUCCGAAACCUACCCCUCGUCUCUCUCCUCUACAGGCCUUCUUGUGGUUGUCUCCCUCUCUUUUUCUAUAUCGCUCGCUUCUCUCUGCAAUCUAAUCUUCUCCGAUUCGUCCUUUUAUCCAUCCGUCGUCCGCUGCAACCAUGAGCGACCAGGGAGAAAAGACGUGUCCUCUUUGUGCUGAAGAGAUGGAUUUGACUGACCAGCAAUUGAAGCCUUGCAAGUGCGGUUAUGAGAUCUGUGUUUGGUGCUGGCAUCACAUAAUGGAAAUGGCUGAGAAGGAUAACACGGAAGGGCGAUGUCCAGCAUGUCGUACGCCAUAUAACAAGGAAAAGAUUGUAGGGACGGCAGCAAACUGUGGAAGGUUGGUGGCUGAGAGGAAUACAGAGAGAAAAUCAAAAUCUCAAAAGGCAAAAAAUAAAACUUCUGAAGGAAGGAAGCAACUUGGCAGUGUGCGAGUGAUUCAACGAAACCUCGUCUACAUUGUGGGGUUACCUCUUAAUUUAGCAGAUGAAGAUCUUCUUCAGCACAAAGAAUAUUUUGGUCAGUAUGGGAAGGUGCUGAAAGUGUCUAUAUCACGGACAUCAGCUGGUACUAUUCAACAAUUCCCAAACAAUACCUGUAGUGUAUAUAUUACUUACUCAAAGGAGGAUGAAGCCGUUCGUUGUAUUCAAUCUGUACAUGGAUUUGUACUGGAGGGUAGACCUUUGAGGGCUUGCUUUGGAACCACAAAAUAUUGUCAUGCGUGGCUUAGAAGCAUGCCUUGCAGCAAUCCUGAUUGUUUAUACUUGCAUGAGAUUGGUUCUCAAGAUGAUAGUUUUACUAAAGAUGAAAUAAUAUCAGCUUACACAAGGAGUAGAGUUCAACAAAUUACUGGUGCUACAAAUAAUAUGCAACGGCGUUCAGGGAACGUGUUACCACCACCAUCAGAUGAGUACUGGAGUGACAGCUCUUCUUCCUUCGGAAAACCUAAUACUAAAAGUUUGACAAAUAUUUCUCCAAACAAUUUCCGAGGUUCUCCUCCUAAUAAUAGCUCUGGGAGGCACGUUGCUCUUCCAGUAGCUGCAUCAUGGGGAAUGCGUGCCUCAAAUGAUCAGCCAUCAUUUGCAAGUUUGGCAUAUUCAAAUGGACCUCUUAAGCAGAAACCUGAUACAUGCAGUGCUUCACAUGCAUUUUCAAUGGCAGUUGUAAGCCCAACUCAGGUUUCUUUAUUGCAUGCUGAUGUUGGAAAGAAGCCUGUUCCUAGUGAAGAAAAUUGUAUUGGUGAAAAUGAUUGUAAAACUAAGACAUUGGAACUUGUGCAACAGCACAUGGGCACAGAUUGUCAAACAACUGCAUCUGAAACUCCUGCCACGCCAGAAUCUACUCCUGCUAUCCCAGUAUAUACCGCUAGUUCAACUAUGAACAGCCAGCUAUGUCACCCAACUGCAUUCAAGGAUAAAGAUAAAAAUAUUUGUAUGCCACCUGAUAUUUUAAAUUCUGUUGACCUGUGUGGGCAGUCUUGUGGUCACGGUGGUCCAGAAAAAGAUUUAAAUGCUGUUACGGACCCUACAAUUCCGAUUCUAUGCUCUGAUAUGUCGUCGAUGAGGAUUGAUAGACCUCAAGGGUCCCAACAAAGUUACACAGAUCAGUUUAGAGAACCUUUGAUUGUUGCAGCUGCGACGGCUGAGCCAUCCACCAUGAAUAAUAAUGUUGCAAGAGAACCGUCAGAUUUGAGGUCUGAUUUGCAAACCCGUGUGGCACAAGUUGCAUUGGGUGAAGUGGAAGAGGAUUUGUUUUCUUUUGAUGAUCAGAGAGUUAAGGAUCCAGAAGUUGUGACCAGUACAAGCUAUUUACCUAAUUCAUCUCACUCAUUAUAUCUAUUAAAUAAUUCUAGAGGUUAUCCUUCUCAGAAUAAAGAGGCUUAUGGGAAACUUAGUGUCAAUAUAGACUCCCAAGUGGUAGAUCAGAAAGUUGCUGAAGGUUCACUUCUGCAGGCAUCUAGUAUUCCCUCAAUAUCCAAUGGAUACCCUGAGGCUCUAGUCAAAAGUUCUGCUGAUUUGGACUGCACCUUUGCUAAUUCCUAUUUGCUUCCAGAUGAAGAGAGAAGGAAGCAUAUGGGGAGAUUAGAAGGUGAAAUAGCCAAUGUUGACCACAACCCUGGUAGGGAUAUGGGAGAGAGCAGCAUUAUAUCAAAUAUUUUGUCGAUGGACUUUGAAGCAUGGGAUGAGUCGCUAACUUCACCUCAAAAUUUGGCUAGGUUAUUGGGUGAAACUGAUAAACAGCAGGGAUCUCUUAGAGUAUCGAGUGCUUGGAAAGUACAAAACAGCAAUCAAUCCAGGUUCUCUUUUGCGAGAGAGGAUUCUACAAAUAAAGAAUCCAACACUUACAGCGGGCAAGCUCCGAAGCAUCGCCCUUUCAGCCAUGAUUUUGUUGAUAUCAGAGAUCUGCAUCAUAAUAAGCUUGGUAAUUGCAACGGUUUCUCAUCUGCUAAUUAUGACGAAACUGAUAAUUUUGCCAGCAGCCAUUCCCAUCUCUCUUCUAGCAAGCCUUCAGGUUUAAGAGCUCAGAUAUCAGCCCCCCCUGGAUUUACGGUCCCCAGCAGAGCACCACCCCCAGGGUUUACUUCUCAUGAGAGAAUGGAACAGACUUUUGACCCAAUGUCUGGGAAUCAUAUGCUAGACACCUCUUCCUUGUUACAAAACCCUUAUCAAGCUCUGCCAGCUGGAACUAUUGGUAGCCCUGGGGAGAUUGAGUUUAUGGAUCCUGCAAUUUUGGCAGUUGGUAAGGGGAGACUUCCAGGUGGCAUCAACAACCCUGGCUUAGACAUGAGAUCAGAUUUACCUACACAGUUCAGUACGUUCGAGAAUGAGGCAAGACUUCACUUAUUGAUGCAAAGAUCACUUUCUCCGCAUCAGAACCAGAGAUUUGCAGAAAUGGGGAAUAAUUUUUCUGCUCUUAAUGAUGCAUGUGGGAUUCCUUCGAGGAUUAGGGAGCAAACAUUGACCAAUAAUCUGUCCCCAUUCCCAGAACUUGGUCUUUCACAGUCCAGAAAUGGUCUCAUGUCAAAUGGCCACUGGGAUGGUUGGAAUGAACUGCAAGGUGGAAAUGAUUUCGGAAUGUCAGAACUCCUCAGAACUGAGAGAGUGGGAUAUAAUAAGUUCUAUAAUGGUUAUGAGGAUUCAAAGUUCCGGAGGCCCAGUUCAGGCAGCAGCAUGUAUAAUAGAACAUUUGGGAUUUAAUUUUAUGAAAGAGACUUGUUUUGCUUGGUUGGUAAUGGCAUAAAUGGUAAAGCCGAAUGAUUGGGUGUCUUGCUUGGGUUAGGACGAUAUUGACUUGUGAUUGGUCUGACUUAUGGCAGAUUGGUGAAGGAUCAACCUUCUGAACAGGGUUUCUGGAAGCCAACAAUGAAUGGAAGCCGAGAUUGAUGCCUGCAUGGAGGUUGAAGAAAGAAUGCUGCAUACAAUCAAUUUGGAAGGUGAUCUCCAUAUCUUGAUUGUACUGCUCCUUGCAGAGAUUAUCAGGGUAAUAUCAUAAUCAAAUGGUCUCAAUUUGAUUUAAUUUUUAUCCCAUCGCUAACGUUAAUCAAAUUUGAAGGUUUAGUAGGAAAUCAGCAUAUACGUUUUUUUGUCAAAAAAAGAUGUUUUAGCUUUUUGAAAUGUUAGACCAAGUAGUUGAAAUUGAAAGGUCUCUAGAGUAAAAGUUGAAAGCAUCGAAGACCAAAGCUUUCCUAAUUAAUGUUCAUGGCUUUUUUUUUUUUUGUUGUCUGCACUGUUGAGAUGACAGGGCAAAUCGAAACUUAUAAAUUAUAAUUUCGGUUUUUUUUCUCCGGUUAAGUGACUUGUAAUUUCAGUUACUGCUAGACACUUGGUAUUUUCAUAUAGCGUGCUGGGUAUUUUGUGAUGUCAAUGAUGUAAUAUUGUGAAUACCUAUUGUUCCUUGAACUAUUCUGUGACCCUUACUCUGAUUUUGCAGCCUGACAAUUAAAGUCGUGCAAUCUUAAAGUAGGUAAAAGGUGGGGGUAAAGUUGUGGAGAAAUAACAUUGUAGGGGGGAGAGAGAGAUUUCUGUUUCAGGUUGUUUGAUGAUGGUACAAUGUGGAUUGAGGACCUUUAGAUAAAGGGAAUGAAUAGGGCUGUUAAUCAAACCAAGGUUCAUUUGAAAAAUAAGCGCG